AUGAGCCCACUAAGCAUACUCAACGUAUUCAAUCAUCUGUUUGUGUCCGUCAUUUUUGUCGAACAAUCGCCAAAAGGUUAUGUGACCGUAAGGCGCAAGCAUGUGUUCCGAAACAUACUAGUUCUUGCUGCAACAGUGGCGACCGUUAGCUAUCUCGGAGGGUCCCGAACAUUCCACAACUUUCGCGAUAUGGUUGGUACGGUGACAGAAAUUGUACAUCUCCUGAAGUACAGUAUCAACGCCGAAAUCAUGUACAUGAUACUGACCUGGAUGUAUCAAUACAGCAACAAAGUGAUUACGAUAUGCAAUAAAGCUAUCGCAAUAGACAACGCUUUGGAGCGAAUGCAAAAGCCAGACCAAGCUUGCGUUGAACGAAAUGUGCUGAUAAAAUCGCUCGUCGUUUUCAGCAUCCUGUUGCGAGCAUCAUUUUUGACAAUGCACUUAUUCCUGCAGUUCCAAUACAAUCUGAAGUACGAGGUGUAUGUAGUACUGCACUGCAGUGUGCUGGUCGAGCUUACUAUGGAUCUGCAGAAGAUUUUUCUGUUAUAUUUUGCUUACUACCUAGCAGCAAGGUAUCAAACCGUAGUGCGCUUACUAGCUAAGCUGGAUGUGGUAAAUCUAGAUAAGCUUGGUAACAUAUACGCUGAUUUAAGCAGUUUAAAAAAAUGUAUGUCAAAAACUUUCGGCAUACUACUGCUUGCCCUCAUACUACAAACAUUUAUAGCAUGCUCCAUUCAUGCGUACCUUAUCCUCACGCAAUCCGAUCAUUCUUAUCAAACAUUUGCAAAUGUCAAUCAACUUUUGAUAAACCUUUUGUUGUUUUACUUUUUGACGCAAUCUUAUGAUUCUGUUGAAGCUAAGGAAGCAGAGCUUAAAAAUGCCCUAAAAUCAAUGCAAUACAGAAACCUGCAAAAACAAACGAGAGACCAGAAGGACUUUUACGAUCUGGUCAAUCUGAAGCUAAUGAUGGAAUCGCCAAAAAUAACGGCUUGUGGACUGUUCGAAAUUAAUUUGCAGAUAUUUUACAACGUUUUUGCCGCCAUUAUAACGUACAUCGUCAUUUUAUUCCAGUUCCGGGGAUUUGAGAAAACACCGUAA